AGUGAGGGAACAGCGGAUGUCAACGCUUUACGACAAUUGCCCUCCAUUUCCGGUACAAACACAUGCAUGUCCGAGCGACGAAAAUAUGGGAGGUCAAAAGUUAUGAUCCUAAUCUACAGCAGAAACGGAACGUAACGCACAGACAUGGCCAGUUCCAUGGUGGCAGUGGGACUGGCUUUGGCAGCAGCUGGAUUUGCAGGUCGAUAUGCCAUGCAGGCCAUGAAGCAGAUGGAGCCUCAGAUGAAACAGGCCCUUCAGAGCUUCCCCAAGACGGCUUUUGGAGGAGGGUACUAUAGAGGUGGAUUUGAGCCAAAGAUGACCAAGAGAGAAGCUGCCCUGGUUUUAGGUGUCAGUCCCACAGCCAACAGGACUAAGAUCAGAGAGGCACAUAGAAAACUGAUGAUCCUCAACCAUCCAGAUAGAGGUGGAUCUCCCUACCUAGCAGCGAAGAUAAACGAGGCAAAGGAUUUCCUGGAAGGCCAGACAAAGAAAUAGAAGUGAUGAUGCAGGCGAUGAAAUAAAUGUGAUUCCACACUGCUCUGAUCUCUGCUGUUGCACUUGACUUGACUCGGGCGAUUACUAGACUUUUCUAACUGAUUGUUCUCAAAUAAAAUCAUGCUGUACAAAUUGUUAA